ACAGACUUAGCCAAUGUACCAGAGAUAUAACAGAUAGUCUAUGGAAGAUGUAUGUCUGGGCUUUUAGUCUGGAUAAUGGAUACUCUCAGAUCCACUGAUGUCUAUGAUCAGUAGAUCGGUAUACUGGUGAGGCGGGAGAAUGGCUUUGGUUAUGGCCCUGGGUUUGCACCAGGUAUUUUUCAUAAUUUUGCUGCUCAGAGUGUUGUCAGUGUUCCUGGUGAAAACGUGGUACGUCCCAGACGAGUACUGGCAGACUUUGGAAGUGGCACAUAAGCAAGCUUUUGGAUAUGGAGUAUUGACUUGGGAAUGGCAGAAGGGCAUACGAAGCUAUCUCUACCCUAGUAUCGUCUCUGUGUUCUACACUGUUUUGAAGUUUGCAUCAUUAGACUACCCAGAAGUUGUGGUUGCAACACCACGGAUCCUUCAGGCUAUUCUCAGUGCUAUUGCAGACUACCGUUUUUAUAAAUGGACAGGCGGUCGCAAAUGGGCCCUGUUUCUAAUACUCACAUCAUGGUUCUGGUUCUACUCAGCCAGCCGAACAUUAUUGCAAACUUUUGAAACAGAUUUAGUUGCUAUUGCUCUGUCUGUAUUCCCUUUUAAAGCAGGAAAAUUAUCAUAUUAUGAACAAGAGGACAAUAGAUGGAUUUGGCUAGCCGUUUUAUCUGUGUUCAUUCGACCCACAUCUGCACCAUUAUGGCUUGUCCUCGGCAUGUACAACCUGUUUACUACCAAUCAGGGAAAAUUUCAUUUUUUUAAAAACUAUGUGCCAAUUAGUCUCAUAGCCGGUGGAAGCUUGAUCGCUCUAGAUACAUACAUGUACGGAAGAUUAAUCGUCACACCCUGGGAGUUCUUUAAGUAUAAUAUCUUACAAGAUAUUGGAUCCUUCUACGGAACACAUCCAUGGCAUUGGUACUUGACCCAAGGUAUACCGGCAGUGUUAGGAAUGACCUUCCCUCUAGUACUGUGGGGUAUCAUUUCAGUUCUUCGAAGACAUAAAGAGAACAAAAUUGGAGUCGUUUUGUUGACUGCCGCCGUCGUUCAUUUAGGAGUUCAUAGUUGCAUCGCUCAUAAAGAGUUCAGAUUCGUCCUGCCUCUGCUUCCCGUCCUGCUGUAUUUGGCCCAAGACGUCGUCGUCCCCUGGAGCAGGAAGGCCAAGAGAUGGCAGCUGUACUCUCUUGCGGCGGUGAUCCUGCUGGGCAACGCCGUCCCCGCGGCCUACUUCGGCUCGGUGCACCAGGCGGGCACCACGCGGGUCAUGGCCCUCCUGCGGGACGCGAUCCCUCACAACCGCAGCUCCGUGCUGUUCCUGAUGCCGUGCCACUCCACGCCUCUCUACAGCCACCUGCACAUCAACGUGUCGACCCGUCACCUGGACUGCUCGCCCCCUCCCCCGGGCCGCACCUGCGAGGCCGACGCCUUCUUCAACAACCCCGGCGCGUGGUGGGCCAAGGAGUACUCCGCCAGGCAACCUCCCACUCUGCUCGUCAUGUUCGACGUGCUCCGAGGCCGCGUCGAGUCUCUGCUCGAGAACCGGUAUCGGCUGAUAGGCGAACUGCCGCACACGCAGUUUCCUUCGGGCGAGGUCGGCUCGAGCGUGCUGCUGUUCGAGCGAGCGCAGCCGGCGGAGCGCGGCCGAGACUAACCGAACGCAUUUUCACCUUUUAGAAGACCGACGUCGAUCCGCAGUCAGCGACCUCAUCAGUUAUCGUUCGUAGGGAGAGAGAGAGAGAGAGUCUACCCGCCAGUCUCCACUGAUCGCCGCGGAUUUGCGACGCGGGAAAUGUCUUCCGACCGUUUGACAUUAUUGCUUUUAUUUUGCCGACAUUUUGUUUGCACUUUUUUGGUGCAGAUUUAAGUUAUAUUUAAGAUAUCGUUUAGAUAUUUAUAUUAACUAAGUUUAUAAUAAGCGCUCGACGAAGCCAAAUACGCUACGAUUACACAUAGAAAUCCAUGAAUGCGCCCUGCAUCGAAGCGUCUUUCGGGACGGACCGCGGAAUGCCCUCCUAGAAUAGACCGACGAAAAGACCACCGACGGCUCGCGAAGUUCGAAUUCAUGAAAAGGGCGCUGUCGAGAGUUCGAGAGCCGACACCGUUUCUGAAAUUGUGGAAUUGAGAAUAUUUCAAAUGGCAAUAAUGGUGAAUGUGAGAUGACCUCAUUUUCGUUGUACAAAAUAAUUCAAUUCAUAGUAAAUAUCUAUUUAUGACGCUGGUUGUAAUUGCUUGAUUAAGUAUUGUGUGAUUUAGCAACAAUAUUAUUGAAUCGGAUUUGACAUAAUUUUUGUAAUUUUAAUAAACUUUAAUUGAGGAAAUUUUUGAGAAUUUUUUGGGAAAUCCCCAGUGUUGUUUUCUGUAAGUAAACGUCUUUUAGAAAUGUGUGAAUUUUAAUAAAGAUUUUAUUUUUAA